GAUUAGCGCUCAGAAGCCUAGAAAGGAAGAAGCGAAAUCGGUGUCAGAGCUUUGCUAAUGUGGCCAUAUCAGCAGAAUAUGUGGGCCGAUUGAUUCAUUGCCGUAUUAGUUAGUGGUAGUAGUAACUGUGACUCUGUGGCUCGUUAUGCUUCUGUUGAGUUCGCAAUACUCUCGACGGGACUAGGACGCCCUGGACGGCGUAAUUAUUUAGAGUAUUGUUCGUUGUUCAUCACACACUUCCAAGCUGGACGUGUGAACUUGGUCAAAAAGUAGCUGGCUCGCGCAGUGAUUAGACGCAAGUGAUGCCCAGAUCGUACGAGGAAGAUGAAGCGCGGAGGCCGAUCCUGGACGCGGCGGAAUCGGACAGCGAAGCUCCGGGAUCGGUGAUCGCACCCGGAAGAGAGCGGAUUUUGCACCGGAGUGACGAUGACGAGCUGAGCCAGCCGACCGGAUGUGGCGCGAGUGCGUGCUGCAAUCCGAGUUCCGCCACGCACCGCUUCAUGGCGCUGAUCUUCAUGUGUCUGGUCGGGUUUGGAUCGUACUUUUGCUACGACAAUCCGGGUGCCCUGCAGGACAAGUUCAAGUCGGAUCUGGACCUCUCGACCACGCAGUUUGUGUGGCUGUACUCGAUCUACUCAUGGCCAAAUGUGAUCCUGUGCUUUAUUGGAGGGUUUCUGAUUGAUCGCGUGUUUGGGAUUCGGUUGGGCACGAUCAUCUACAUGUUUAUCUUGCUGAUUGGACAGCUGAUUUUUGCCACCGGAGCGUUGAUCAACGCGUUUUGGUUGAUGAUCCUGGGUAGAUUCCUGUUUGGUAUCGGAGCGGAAUCGCUGGCCGUGGCGCAGAACAACUACGCCGUCCUGUGGUUCAAGGGCAAAGAGCUGAACAUGGUGUUCGGGCUGCAGCUUUCGUUCGCCCGCGUUGGCAGCACCGUCAACUUCCUCGUGAUGGUUCCGGUGUACAAUUACGUGCGCGACCUGGGCUACACCGGCCACCAGUGCACCGGGGUGGUCCUGCUGCUAGCCACGCUGACCUGCGUGAUGUCGAUGCUGUGCGCGUUGAUCCUCGGCUGGAUGGACAAACGGGCGGCUCGGAUCCUGCGCCGGAACGAUAACCCACCGAACGGGGAGGUGGCCAAGCUUUCUGAUAUUGGCACGUUCAAGAUUUCGUUCUGGAUGGUGACGGUCAUCUGUGUCGCUUACUACGUGGCCAUCUUUCCGUUCAUUGCGCUUGGGAAGGUGUUCUUCAUGCGCAAGUUUGGAUUCACGCCGGAGGACGCCAACACGGUCAACUCGAUCGUGUACAUCGUGGCUGGGGUGGCCUCUCCGUUGUUUGGGUUGAUCGUUGAUCGUACGGGACGGAACGUGCUGUGGGUUUUUGUAUCGAUUACGGUGACGAUCUUCGCGCAUGGACUGCUGGCGUUUACCUUCUACAACCCGUACGUGGCCAUGAUCACGAUGGGCAUGGCGUACUCGAUGCUGGCGAGCAGUUUGUGGCCACUGGUGGCGCUGAUCGUGCCCGAGUACCAGCUGGGAACGGCUUAUGGAAUCUGCCAAUCCGUCCAGAACCUUGGGCUGGCCGUAAUCUCCAUGUUCUCGGGAUUGAUUGUCGACAAGGGAGGAUACUUUAUGCUGGAAAUCUUCUUCAUUGGAUGGCUCGUUGUUUCCCUUCUGGCCACGAUCGUCAUCUGGCUGUACGACGCCAACAACAACGGAGCCCUGAACAUGUCCCCGAAGGAGCGGGAGAUCGCCGCCAGCAAACUCUUGGUCGAGGCCGCCAACCGUUACGACGAGAAUGUGGCACCGGUGCCGUCGGAUGGGUCGGUCAAUGAGGAUGGCGUGACGACGCAGGGAGUGGCGGCCCCGCCGGUGGAAUCGAUCCGCAACCGUUAUCUGAACCGCGUCCUGGACAGUCCCAACCAGAGCGAUUCGGAGCCGUUGAUUGAGUAGAAGUAAGCAAGUCGAAGAAAUCAAAAAACAGGAAAAAUGGUAUUAGAACUGAGAGAAAAAGUGAGUGUUCUGUUAGCAAUGCGUUCUGGUAAUCUCUGCAUCGGUUGGGAGCGUUUGAGUUUUAAGAAGUUGAGUUUUAAUUACUGUUUAGUAGCACAAUUAACCAUUAGGGGAAAGCGUUGUCAUUCUGAUUGCAUAAGUUUUUAAUCUUCAGUGAUAUAUUGUGAAUAUUUUAUCAAGUUUAUACUUUAGGAGUUCUUGAAACCCCAGCAAAAUACAAAAUACUAAGUGUGCUUUCGGGAUCUCUGACUGUGUCAUUGAUUGUUUUAAGAGAUGUGUAUAAAAAAAACUAUUCCAGAAAAGAUUUAAAGAAAAAAACCAAGUAACUAACGAGCUAUUUAUCUGUAUAGCAUUUACAGUCUGCGGCUCUCGCGCAGCAUGCAAAAGACAAGCAGCAGCCAACACUAUAAAUAUUAUCGUUAUUACCUAAAAUAUAUUACUUACUACAUGUGAGAACACACUGUCUCAUACAUUCUAAGCUUACAACAAUCAUAACUCGCCACCACACCAUACAAUUGGAGGGAAAAGCAAACCUAUUGGAGACUGGGAAUGGGCAAAAUUUAACAAAUUACAAAAUUUAAAAAAUAACACCUAAACAUAAACAUAUCCCAUCCGAAACAAUAAAGAAAAGAAAAAGUGUUAGUAAUUUAAACAAGUAAGAUAACAAAACACAAAGAAGCCUAUGUAAUGUUGUACUGAUUGCCAAAUUUUUAUCACUUAAAUAUAUACAAUUAUUGCAAUGGAUGUAAAAA